AUGGAAGAAGUAAAAGGAAGCAUUUACGAGGAGAUGGGUUGUUUCGACCCCAACACUCCGGUGGAUCCCAACUUCUCUCACGCCGAACCACCACCACCACCGCCGCCGCAAAACCUAGUCGCCGGAAGCACCACCAACAGCAACUGCAGUGUCGACGUGGAAGAGCUCUCUGAAUUCCACCUCAGCCCACAAGACUGCCCUCAAGCUUCUUCAACACCUCUCCAAUUCCACAUCAAUCCUCCUCCUCCUUGUGACAAUCAAUUCCAAAACAACAUCAAUCUCAUUCACCAAAUCGCUCAUGAACAACAACAACAACACUCGAAUUGGGAUAACAGUUAUCAAGAUUUCGUCAAUUUGGGUCCAAACGCUUCACCAACUCCUGAUUUGCUCAGUCUCUUACACUUGCCUAGAUGCUCACUCCCUCCUCCUCACUCCAUGCUUCCAAACUCGUCAAUCUCCUUCUCCGACAUCAUGUCAUCUUCCUCCGCUGCUGCCGUCAUGUACGACCCUCUCUUCCACCUGAAUUUCCCUCUGCAGCCUCGUGACCAGAGCCACCACCAGAGAAACGGCUCUUGCCUUCUAGGAGUUGAGGACCACAUUCAGAUGGAGGCUAACGGAGGAGGAGGAGUGAACAUGAUGUAUUACGAUGGAGGAAUCAACAACAACAACGAUAACGACAAUGGUGGAUUCGACAGUGGCGUUCUCGAGUUUAACAAUGGAGGUAAACGCAAAGGCAGAGGAUCAGGAAAGUCGAGAACUUUCCCUACGGAACGUGAGAGAAGAGUCCACUUCAACGUUCGCUUCUUCGACUUGAAGAAUCUCAUUCCAAAUCCCACAAAGAAUGAUAGAGCAUCGAUAGUUGGAGAGGCGAUAGAUUACAUCAAGGAGCUGUUGAGGACAAUAGAGGAGUUUAAGAUGCUUGUGGAGAAGAAGAGGAUUGGGAGGUUCAGGAGCAAGAAGAAAGCUAGAGUCGGUGGUGGUGGUGGAGAUGAAGAAGAUCAUCAAGAAGAGGAAGACACUGUGAAUUACAGACCACAGAGUGAAGUGGACCAGUCUUGCUUCAACAAGAACAGCAGCAACAACGCGCUGAGGUGUUCUUGGCUGAAGAGGAAGUCGAAAGUCACUGAGGUCGAUGUGCGUAUCAUCGAUGACGAAGUCACCAUCAAGCUUGUCCAGAAGAAGAAGAUCAACUGUCUGUUGUUCACGACGAGAGUUCUUGAUCAGCUUCAGCUUGAUCUCCACCAUGUUGCUGGAGGACAGAUUGGUGAGCAUUACAGCUUCUUGUUCAACACUAAGAUAUGUGGAGGGUCUUGUGUGUAUGCAAGUGGAAUUGCAGACACAGUGAUGGAAGUUGUGGAGAAACAGUACAUGGAAGCGGUUCCUAGCAACGGCUACUGA